GAACAGGUAAGGGUUAAGGUUAUGGUUAUGUAAGGGUUGUGGUUAGGCUUAUGUAGGGGUUAAGGUUAGAGUUAGGAUUUAGGGUAGUGACGUCCCAAGGAUCCCAUAUAGCAUUAACGGGUGGGGCGUGGCUGUGAGAUUCCUCAGAGGGCAGUCCGUUUGAAGCGAGGCAACAGUAGGAACUGAAAGCUGAUAUUUUCCAGUCCUGAACCGACGACGGUCCUCUAAAAACAACUUCAGUCUUUGCAGUAGCAGCCAGUCUUCUCGUGGUUUGGAGGCCGACGCCCAUCUCACUACCCAGAAGCCAUGGCAGAUGAAGCGGACAUGCGCAAUGAGCUGGAAAACCUGCAAGCGAAGGCAGAUCAGAUAGCCGAUGAGUCACUGGAGAGCACUCGGCGCAUGCUGGCCAUGGUGGAGGAGAGUAAAGAUGCUGGUAUCAGGACUUUGGUUAUGCUGGAUGAGCAGGGAGAGCAACUGGAGCGGAUCGAGGAGGGGAUGGACCAGAUCAAUAAGGACAUGAAGGAUGCAGAAAAGAAUUUGAACAAUCUAGGGUCUCUCUGUGGUCUUUGUUCGUGUCCCUGUAACAAGAUAAAGGGGGGAGGCCAGGCGUGGGGGGCCAACCAGGAUGGAGUGGUGAACAGUCAGCCAGGGGCCCGUGUGGUGGACGAACGUGAACAGAUGGCCAUCAGUGGGGGGUUCAUCCGCAGGGUAACAGAUGACGCCCGGGAGAAUGAGAUGGAUGAGAACCUGGAGCAGGUGGGCGGGAUCAUCGGUAACCUGCGUCACAUGGCCCUGGACAUGGGCAACGAGAUCGACACCCAGAACCGGCAGAUCGACAGGAUCAUGGACAAGGCUGAUUCCAACAAGACCAGGAUUGACGAAGCCAACCAGCGUGCCACAAAGAUGUUGGGCUAAGCUGCAGUGACAACAUGCUUUCAACACCCCCCCCCCCCACAAACAUGCUUUUAUCAUGGUACUUUCUCAGACCCCCCCUCCUUCUCUUCUUCCUGUUGUAAAAUGUUGUUCUGUCGUCGUCUAUCUUUGUCUUUUAUUAAAAUGAUAGUCCUGGUUAAUCAUCUCAUCUUCUACCCCCCAUUCUGUCUCUGUUCCUAAAGUUGUUCCUCUGUCUCUAUUCCUAAAGUUGUUCCUCUAAUCCCCAUUCUGUCUGUUCCUAAAGUUGUUCCUCUACUCCCCAUUCUGUCUGUUCCUAAAGUUGUUCCUCUACCCCCCAUUAAGUCUCUCUUCCUAGUUGUUCCUCUACUCCCCAUUCUCUGUUCCUAAAGUUGUUCCUCUACCCCCCAUUAUGUCUCUCUUCCUAGUUGUUCCUCUACCCUAUUCUCUGUUCCUAAAGUUGUUCCUCUACUCCCCAUUCUGUCUGUUCCUAAAGUUGUUCCUCUACCCCCCAUUAUGUCUCUCUUCCUAGUUGUUCCUCUACCCCCCAUUAUGUCUCUCUUCCUAGUUGUUCCUCUACUCCCCAUUCUGUCUGUUCCUAAAGUUGUUCCUCUACCCCCAAUUAUGUCUCUCUUCCUAGUUGUUCCUCUACCCCCCAUUAUGUCUCUCUUCCUAGUUGUUCCUCUACCCUAUUCUCUGUUCCUAAAGUUGUUCCUCUACCCCCCAUUCUGUCUGUUCCUAAAGUUGUUCCUCUACCCCCAUUCUCUGUUCCUAAAGUUGUUCCUCUACCCCCCAUUAUGUCUCUCUUCCUAGUUGUUCCUCUACCCUAUUCUCUGUUCCUAAAGUUGUUCCUCUACCCCCCAUUCUCUGUUCCUAAAGUUGUUCCUCUACCCCCCAUUAUGUCUCUCUUCCUAGUUGUUCCUCUACUUCCCAUUCUGUCUCUCUUCCUAGUUGUUCCUCUACCCCCCAUUCUGUCUCUCCUCCUAAAGUAUAUAGUGCUUCUUUGAUGGCUUUAACUCACCUGUGCAGUUCUCUGUUUCCGUCUUGCUCAUCUUCUUUUAUAUAAACUGUAUUUACAUCAUUACUCAGAUA